AUGCACCUGCGAAAUGUCCACGGAUUUCCCAAGGAAGAGGUCGAUGACAUCAAGCGUCAAAUUGCCGAAGAAGCGGCGUUGAGAGCCGCAAACUACCGCUGGGUACUUUGUCCCAUAUGCAACGAAAAGUUCAUAAAUCAUACAGGAUUAGCGCUCCAUUGCGAUCAAGUUCAUAAAGACGAUGGAGGUGGAGGUGCACCACAAGACUACAGGGUAUUUACUGUGAAAUUCGAAACAGUUGUUGAAUUCGAGAGAUGGCUUGAAGAGGAGUGUGAGCGCAACAACACGACAUUGACUCGCCGGAACAGUGCUGUCAAUGGCAAUUUCAUCACAAUGAGGUGUAACAGAGCUGGAAAACACAAGCGUAAAGGAACGGUGAGAUGUGGCCGUUCUAGAAAAACUACGGAAAGCUGCUCUUGUUUCAUGAAUGUACACAUCAGGAGCGAUGGAAGCGUUAGUGCUUAUGGAUGUUUUGGCCAUGCUGGUCAUGAGAUUGACGUCGCUCUGCUUCGUUUAUCAACUUCACAGGAGUUGUUCCUAAAAUCUCUUCUAGAAGAAGUAUCCAUGGAUGCCAUCAUGACUCAUUUGAAGGAAGUGUAUUCGCCGCAGAGUUCCAAGCUUUAUCACAUUACCCGUGGUGAUCUUUGGAACAUCGUCAAAAAGUACAACAUUCCCGGUAUCAAAUAA